AUGUCGCCUGUUUUGCGUGUUAGUCACGUUAUUCAAGACAAUUUACUUAAAUACGGUUCUGGACAGAGCAACGCCCUGCAAUACAAUGGAGGAGUCGGAGCGGGACAAUAUACGCAAAUUAAUCAGGCAGGAAAUCAGAAUCAGGCGUCAAAGCGGAAACGAAGAAAUUCUGAUUCCGCAUCAAACUACGUGGAUCGAGUUCGUUUACGAGACCCAAGCAAAUUAUCACUCGGAGCAAAUCCUUGUCGAGGAAGCGGUUGGCGUCAAAAGUCACUCUCAAAUAUCGACUUAACAGCAAGUCACAAGACAAACGGCGUCUUUCGAUAUCGAGAUUUUGAGGGAAUUGGCAUUUGUGAUUUGUAUUCGAAAAAUAGCGGGUGUGCUGAAUACGACGAUUUGUACGGAGUCAAUCCAAAAGCAGGAUCAUUUCAUCAUCAUAACAAUAGUAGCGUCUUGUACGAUCAUCGUGACGAACCAGAAUUAUAUGCGCAUGAAACAGAAGCUUGCAGUUUACGCCGAAGUAGAAGUUUAGCGAUUAUUAGAGAAGAAACUUUUAAUGAUUUGCGAAUUAAAGGCGCAAGAACACGCAGAUCGCAGUUAAUUCCGAGAGCGAGAUUGGUUGAUAGAAAUUUUUUCAAAGAUAGAUUUAACUUCAUUUACGACGGAAGUAUCAGCGGACUUGAUACAUUAACAUCGGAAAAUCAAGAUACCGAAAGUCAGUAUUCAACAACAAAACGACAAAAGAAUCGCAUUCAGCCCCAAUAUCCUUGGCAACAAGAUCGGAGCGACUUGGAAAGUAUCGAUUCGAGUAUUUUCAAGAACUCGCAGCAUCAAAACGGUAUCGAGAGAUCCAACAGUGUUCGUGUCGACAUUCAUAGUACAGAUACUUUGGGCGUUUCGAAGGAUUUGUCAAAGUCACGAACAAAUCUCGACGCUCAUAUCAAACUUUUGGAGCAAAUUUCUCUUCCAUCCGACGAUUUGCAACAUUCAAAGAGAUUUUCCGACGCCAGCGAUUAUUUCAUCAAAGAAGAAGGCGGAAGCGGAAUAACUGUAAUCGAGAUAAAAGGAUCGAAUGUCAGUUUAGCAGCUGAUUGUAACGCAAAAGAACCCAGUGUAAUAUCAUACGACUCGAUUUACCUCUCAAGCGAGAGCAGUGAAGGCAAACAAACGGUAUUCGAAGAUCCGAAUUGUGCGGCGCAUCGUUCUACGGAAUCUGAUUUAAUUGCAAUUAGCAUUGAAGUUUACGACGAUUUGGGACAAGCUCCUUCGAAGUUUGAACAAGCCGAUGAAACGACAAUCGACACACUUUACAGCCAAGUAACAAAACCAAAGAUUAUCGAGACAAUACCAAAGAAACAGCAGCAAAUUCCAUCAUUUGUACGUUCUUUAGCUAUUCGAGAAAACUCUGAAACGCAAUAUAGUUCAUUACCGAGUGCAGAAAUCGAUAAUAUCCUUCGCAAAUCUGAACGUAUCGAUGCAAAAUUAAGAUUUUCGUAUCAAGAACACAAUAAUAAUCCGUUUUUGGAAGAACCUUUACCCGAUUACGACACAGUUCAACGUCCUCAACAAGCUUUGCCGACAAUUCCGGGCUCAGGGCCGUCAUCCAUUGAAGAAAGUGACAAGGGAGCUCCUUCCAUUGAGCUUAUAAAGUGCUCAACGAAAGAUUUCGAGGCAGAACAAAAGGAAUCUACGAAAGUUUUCAUCAAAGAACUCGGGCUUGAAUGCGAUUACGAGAAUUCUAUUGUUGGUUUAAGUGAUCCUGACUCGGAUAUUGCUUCAAUAGACCCUCCGCCAUCUGUAACUUUAGGCGGAAAGAAAGUAAUUGUCGACGAAGUUGCAGCAAAAGCUAUAAAACGCAGCGAAAGUGACGUCACAAAGCAAUUAAAGUCAAAAGAAGUAUCAGCAGAGAACAUUUACGACGAAGUAAUCAACGUUCAAGAAGACUCAAAACACACUUUUCGUCCCAUUGAGGUUUUCAAAUCGACAUAUUCAAAUUCAAAUAGUGACAAAACACCUGAAAAAGAAGAAAAUCUCGACGACAAACCGAUAACCGUUAUAAAAGUUACAACUUUUGAUCGUCGUGAUCCCGUAAUAGCUCGUGACGCGCAAAAGGCAAAUGUUAUCAAGUUAGCAACGUUUUCAUCUCUCAUCAAAGACGCUGCCGAAAAAAUGCCUCGUCCGCAAUUACUGCAAAUUGUCGACUCAAAAUCAUCAAAAGUCGCACAAAAUAUCGCAAAUCAACCAAAUUCAUCAGAAUCGAAAGCUGAAUUUUUGCAUCGUGUCAAUUCCGUUCACACAUAUUGGUCAAAAAUUUUAGAGGAAGUUCAAAAUUCAGACGAUUUGAAAUCCGUGUCAGAAGAAACCAGUUCAGUUCGUGACGAUUCAAGUCGUCGUACGAGCAUCGAAAGUUCGCAAAACUCGUCGAGUUAUUUUACGGCAAAAACUCAUCUUUCUCACACGGAUUCGGGGAAUGAAUUUCAAAGUUUUUGUCCUUCAGUUGAAAUUGUCGAGCUCGAUGGACAGAAAAAAGCUGCAAUUGUCAAAGCAAAAAAUUUCGACGAAGUAGAUUUUGAUCAUGUACGUUAUCGUGUCAUUAAAUCCGAUGUCUUCCAAAAACGUAUGAUCAUCAAUAAUCGCAAAGAAGCACAAUUUGACGGGCUUUUGCAAUAUUUGCAAGAUUACAGUUUCCAAGAGUUAUUGGCGAACAACAAUGUUGUCAUAAUUGAACCUGUUCGCACAAAAAUCGAAAAACCUUCGGAAAAGAAGCCUCUUGAACAUUCAAUUCAUUGCAAAAUUACAGGAGGCGCCGGCGGACACAAGAAAAAUGCAUUAAAACAAAAUUUCUUCUACCAUCCAAUUCGCGUGAACAAAGAACUUUUGGAUGAAGAGCUGCCGAGUCCUGAUACCGUGAGAAAUGUUCGAAGCAUGUUUGAGCAUCGAUUCGGACUUGGAGCGACAAAACGUAAUUCUUCAACUGUAGAUGACUCGAAAAUUAACACAAGAAAUACAGAUACGUUGCGGAAAAAGGCACUUCGAUAUCUGUCAAUUGAUCAAAAUACGUUCAAUAAUAAUAAUGACGCGCGAAAAUGGGAUUCCGCAAGUUUAAGCAGCGGCGUAAGUAGCGGAGAUUUGAGUUCGCCAUGCGAAUGUAAUGAAAAUCCGCGCGACGAUGGGCAUCAAAUGUAUGCAAGUGCGGAGAAUUUGUGUCAUUCGAACGCAAAUGGAGACGAAGAUGGCGAUGAAUUCGAGUCGCAUUACGUUAGUCAAGAUAUUUUAGAGAAAAUUCGAGAGCGCGGAGAGACAAUAACGUAUUACGGAGGUCGCGUGAUGAACAAAAAGAAUGGAAAAGUGAGUGCAAUGACGAAAGCGAUCAUGAACGAGAUUAACAAUCAUCAAAACUCGGUAUUUAAGAAGCAUCCAAAAGAUCAAGAAUAUUUGGGGAUGAAGUUCAAACUGAUCAAAUCGAAUAGUUGUAGUAGUAGAUUGGAGCUUGCAGGUACAGGAAAGUUGCCUCCCGAUUUGGAACAUCAAAAUCGUUGGAUGUCUCCGUCGCCGGAAGCUGUUGCCGAAGAAAAUGAAGAAGAUUUGGAGCAAGAAGAACAAGAAGAGCCUAAAGUCGAACGUCAAUUAACGCCAGAAGAGGAGGUUGAAGAAACAGUUCGCGAUAUCGUGUCAAAAUUAGAACACAAGUCGAGCAUCAAUAGUCACGUAAAUCGACCACGCAUCGUCGAAUUCCAUCCCAAAGUAAAAGUAGUAAAUAGCAACAACAGCACCUCGUCUGUCACAAUCAACAAUCAGCCAAUAGAACAUCAUACCGCCAUAAAACAACGCAGCAAUCAAUCAAACAACACACAAACGACAACAAAGGAACCUGUUGAACAGCCAAAAAUCGAUAAAACCGACGUCAUCACGGUAAACAAUCACAUCACAAGCGAACCUUCGCAACGUCUCCAACAACGUAUCGACGAAGCAUCAGCACGUGCGAGCAAAAUUUGUCGCAACAAAGACGUAGAUUUGGCAUUUUCGAGCCAUGCUCCGCUCAAAACGACAUCAAGUCUCGUAACGUGCGAAAAGAAACCUUUGGAAAAAACAUUUUCCGUCGAUUUCAAACAACGCCAACAAAUCCCCGAUGAACUCGAUACGACGCCAACGCAACUAAUGAAAAACUAUCAUCACACGUUGUCGUCGACGAAAAACAAUGGCAACAACGAAAAGGAAUACGAUUCAUUGGAUGACGACAAUGAGAACAACAGCACCGACGAAGACGAAGAUAGCGACACUCUUGUGUACAAAAUUUCCGACAACAGUGACAAAUCACAACAUUCAUCAAGCACGAAAUCAUCUGUGAAUGAAAAUAAAUCACCAAAAGUGGAAUUCACAGCUGGAUAUAUGGAAAUUCGAUUAUUUCGAGAGUGACUCAUCUUUGAAACACUUUCAGCAAGAAAAAAAAAAUACGGAAAUCAGGACAUAUGAAUAUUUCAUGAACAG